AUGUUGAUGAAUGUUAAAAUUGCAGAUUCAAUUGCAAAAGUGAUUGGUCCAAUUGUGAUUAUAAAACUGCAACUUGUUUAGAUUGUGAUCCUCUUGGAUUUAAACCCUAUUCCUCAUUCUGUAAAAACAAUUGUGGAGAUGCAAUUGUUGCCUAUGAUAAGUCUCAUUUUUAUUCUGAAUAUUGUGAUUAUGGAAAUAUAUUUAAGAUAGUUUCUCUUUCUAUCUUAAAUAGUUGCAGUAGUUAAUAUAAAAAUGAAUGCUAAAAUGGAAGUAUUUUUACUAACUGUAUAAACACUAGAUGUUAUGCUUGUAAAUAAGGCUUUUAUUUGUCCAAUGAUUAUGAUUGUUAAUCUCAAUUUGGAGAUGCUAUCAAGACUUAACUUGAACAAUCUAAUAUUUAAUUACCAUAUAGAGGAUGUUUAGAUUGUUAGCCAAGAUGCUAAAAUUUAUGUUUAGAUUGUAGUACUACUGUUCUAGAUUAUGUGUUAUUCUAUUUGUGGAGAUUAAUAUGUUACUCCAUGUGAAUAAUGUGAUGAUGGCAACCUCAUAUUUGAUGAUGGAUGUCAUUUAUGUUAAAAGAUUUGUAUCUAGAUUGUUCCAUCUGUUAGUAUGGCAUCUGUUAUGAUUGUUUUGAAAGCUUUUCUUAUUUUAAACAUUAAUGUAUUAAAAUAUAGGAUAUAUUUAGGGAAAAAUCCAACAUAAUUAAUUUAAGCAGAACAAGAGUAUGCAAAUAAAUGCGAUUUUUAAGUGCUACGGUUGUUACAUUUAUUGA